UGCAGCCGUUUAACUCUUUCCUCGCCUGCUGUUUGUGUCCUAUCAGUGGAAGAUGGCGACCAGAGUCCUUCAGAGCUCUCUCUCCGGCCUCUAUCGGGCUGCACACACGGGCCGGGCGAAAGGACGCGCUUCCGCUGUUAUCAGGUUUGAUCUCAGGGGUCUGUCAGCAUCUAAUAACCGGAGCCGAGAGGACAGCUGGUUCAAAUCACUGUUUGUGCGGAAGGUGGACCCCAGAAAAGACGCUCACUCCCAUCUGCUAGCCAAGAAAGAGGACAACAACUUGUAUAAAAUCCAGUUUCACAACGUGAAGCCCGAGUGCCUCGAGGCCUACAACAAACUCUGUGAUGAGGUGCUGCCGUCCAUCCACGCAGACAGCUGUUACCCGUGUGAGCUGGUGGGCACCUGGAACACCUGGUACGGGGAGCAGGACCAAGCGGUGCACUUGUGGAGGUACAGAGGAGGAUAUCCAGCUCUGACUGAAGUCAUGAAUAAACUGAAGAAUAACCAGGACUUCCUGGAGUACAGGAAGGAGAGGGGGAAGAUGCUGCUGUCUCGCAGGAACCAGCUGCUGCUGGAGUUCAGCUUCUGGAACGAGCCGGUGCCCAGAGACGGACCCAACAUCUACGAGCUGCGCUCCUACCAGCUGAGACCGGGCACCAUGAUUGAAUGGGGCAACUAUUGGGCCAGAGCCAUCAGCUACCGGCAGCACAACCGCGAGGCAGUGGGCGGCUUCUUCUCUCAGAUUGGAAACCUCUACAUGGUCCAUCAUCUCUGGGCGUAUAAGGACCUUCAGUCCCGAGAGGACACCAGGAACGCUGCCUGGCAGCACGAGGGCUGGGAUGAAGUGGUCUAUUACACCGUGCCUCUCAUUCAGCACAUGGAGUCCAGGAUCAUGAUCCCGCUGAAAGCAUCUCCUCUCCAGUAGUGCGUCCAGCAAACCAUCACCAAUUCAUCCCCAUGAGCUCCAGACAUCAGACACCUUCACUGCCGUCUCCCAUCACGCACCACACACUUGUUGAAGUCAGGAUUGAAGGCUGUUACUGUCAGUGAUCUGAAAUCUACCUGGAAACACAGCCAGAGAUCUGUUAAAUAAAGUUUCGUUGGAGGAUUUAAAGGAAGGGUUGUAAAAGUGCUUUAAAUGACUGUAGGUGUAGAGUAUUAACCCUUUCUGGUUCGGUACAUCUUUGAUUCCUCAUAUCUGAAAGCCUCAGUUAAUGCAGAUGUGUAUGAACCGCUUCCUGUUCACCCUGCUGAGAAAGAGCUGCAGUCUACUCCUGUAUUUAUUACAUAUUUAUAAGGUGUAAAUAUAACCCCCACACAUGAUGACUAUCUAAUGUUUUAAUAACAUACAGCAGAACCCAUCCUACAUAUUAAGAUGAAGUCUAAAUACACUGUUGGGGACUAAAUCGCCCUUGUUUAAGCCAAUCUGUGGAGCUGGAGCUGGACAAGCCUCAUCGGGGACAUAUUGUGUGCAAAAUGAUUUUUUUUUCUUAGUUGUAUUUGAUUUUUACUCCAGUGUUUUGUGUUGUGAAAUGCCUGCGGUUCUGACUGAUUUAGUUCUGGUGUGAUCGUGGCAUGCUCAGUCUGCUGUACUCUGAUUCAUCAGAUCAGUCCUGUAAUCAAUAAAUCAUACAUGAUGCUUCUACCACA